AUGAAGGUCUCCUUCUCCCUUACCAAAAGCAAAGCAAACGCUUCCCACCCUGUUGGAGAUGUUCCUUCUUUCAAGCGUCCGACAGCGUUUGCAUCUCUGGAUGACGAAGAACCUGUUGAUGCCGCUCACACUGCGUCCACUAGCAGUAAGGCUGGUGUAAACAAGCGGCUAGUCCCACAGAACGUCGAGUUAUCAAAACCUAUGAAGAAGAAGCUGGAGGCAGAGAUGAAUGUUGACUCUACAGUAUUCCAAUACGACGAAGUUUGGGAGAAGAUGCAGGAAGCUAAGUUGCGACAGAAGGAGGCUAAGGAAGUGGAUGCCAAACGGCGAAAGCCCAAGUACAUUGGCGGUCUCCUAACAUCUGCUGCGACUCGUAGACUGGACCAUCUCCGAGCUGAAGAGAAGAUGAUCCAACUGGAGCGAGAGGCCGAGGGAGAUGAAUACAAGGACAAGGAAGCAUUUGUCACGCAGGCAUAUAAAGAUCAAAUGGCCGAGUUACGGCGAGCAGAAGAGGAGGAGAAAAUGCGUGAUGAGUUAGAGAGAAACAAAAACAAGGGGAUUGGCGCGGGGAUGGCCCAUUUCUACCGCAAAUUGCUUGAGGAGUCCGAGCAGCAGCAUGAAGAAACUGUGGCCGCUACCUCGUCGCAGCGCGUAAUCGGUCCGCAGGGUCCUGCUCCAAACCUGACGAUUACGAAACCUCCGGACUUUGUGCCAAAGUCGGAUCUGGAGCUCGCGCGGCAUGCCCGUGAACAAGGCAAGGAUGUAGAGCUCAACGAUGACAACCAGAUCGUCGACAAACGCGAGCUUCUUUCCGCUGGGCUCAAUCUGUCCGCGCCGAAUACAAGAAGAUUAGGUCUGCAGCUGUCGAAAUCGACAACAGCUUCCGAGCAGGAUAUUCAGGUGCAUCGAGCAGUAGGGUCCGCUGCAAGUCGGAAGGAGAUUAACGAGCGACGUGCUCGCGAGGUCGCAAAGCAGAUGGAAGAGGAACGAGAGCGACUAAUGGAGGAGAAAACAAAGGAGGAGCGAGAAAAGCUCAGUAGGACCGUAACAAAGCGAAAUACCGAAGAAUCGGUUCAAGGCUACCGAGACACCUGGAUCAGAUUGACUGCCUCGCAAGCACCUCUAUGCUUAGCGUUCAUUAUACCAUUGCGUGCAUGA